ACACAGGGAGUGAGAGAGAGAAAUGGAGAGAGAGGCAGGCAAAGAGAGAGGAGAGAGAGAUCGAUCAUGAUUGGGUGAUGUUUAAGGGGUUGGCAUACCUCUCUGCUCCCUACUGGGGGAUGGGGAUGGGGAUGGGGAUUCUAGGAGGGGCUUCACAGUGACCUCAUACUUCAUAUAUUGUAAAUCUGAACCGGCAUUUACUAAAUAUUCUGCCUUUAAUCUAACCGCAGUGCAACGAAAGCUUACAUCUAUUCAGCAUCUGUCAAUCUGACCUCUGUAUCCUUCACAAAUCCAACGCACGACGCAGAGCUCUAAGGAUGAAGAUUGAAAACAGCCUGCCCUGCUCUCAACUACCUGAGGCCCCUCCUCAGACCGGGCUGCAUUUUACAGUGGCGACGGAGGAGGACUUUGAUGACAUCAUGGCCAUGAGCAAGGAUAUCUAUGGCGGCCUGGACUAUCUGCCCUCCCGCUAUCAAGCUUGGCUGCAAGAGAGCAACCGCACUGUCAUUUUGGCUCGCAAGCAAGGCAAAGUGAUUGCACUGGAGUCGGUGUGUGUUAUCGAUGAUGGCGAGACCAUGCUGGUGGAAGGGCUUCGUGUUGCCCCACAGGAGAGGGGGAAAGGUGUGGCAGGGGUACUUCUUCGCUUUUGCUCUCAAUUGGUUAAGUCCAAGUACCCCGACGUUAAAGUCAGCAGACUGACAAGAGAUGACCAACUGGGGCCAAAAGACUUCCAGAAGUACCGGCUCAUCACCAAACAGGGAAUCCUUCUGGUGCGCUUCCGUGCCGAAGACCUUAAAUUACGCCUUGCUGAUCUUGGGCCUAAUAUCACUGUAGCUGGGGAGGGUCUGUCCACCACAAACAUCCUGGUACGUUUGGAGCCAGCAGAGGUGCAUCAGCUCUUCCUAAGCGAUGUUCUAAUGCAGGGUGUCCUUCCCAAUGCCACCAUCGUUCAAGAUUGGCAGCCCUUCAAGCCUCUGCCUAGCAACAUGGCCAUCUUGCUGAAGAAGGACAUUGAUUGGAUGGUUGACGAUGCCAGGCACCCAACCAUGGCCAGCUUGUGCACCUUCCCGUUCCGUGUGCCAAUCGGUGAUGACUGGUACUACCUCAACAUCGACAUGUUUGGUAAAGACCUGACGCUGGCCAUACAACAGCUGCUGUGCCACCUGAGGUGCCACACUGGCACUCUGAAGGGUUACGUCAUGUGUCAGGUGUUCCUGGAGCCUGCGCUGUGGAAGCCCAUGGCUGAUUUCUUUAGGGAGGCCCUUAAAGUGGAGCUGGUGAAGGAGUACACAGAGCAGUGCGUCGUGGAGUCUGAUGUCGUUUAGUCGAGGAGCCUCAGAAGCACCUUCCCUUAAAAUUAGACACCAAACCUACAUUAAAGAGAGGAAAUUUAACAUCUCCCUCAAAUAUGGCACCUAAAAGAAAAAACACCUUAUAUAUCUACUCUAAAGGGACGAAAAAACUUCAUCUCUAUUCCGCUUAAUGAAAACGCUCUCAUAGGAUUGAAUUUAUUUUAACAACAACUAAUUCAAAUAAAAUGCAUGUAAGUGAACAAACUAGAAUAAAUGUAGUAGUCGCUUGUUUAGGUUAUUUAAUUUAUUUCCAUAUGCAGUGCUGUAAACAGUGGCGCUGACAGGACAGGGACUGGAAAAGAGGGGAGCAGUUUUAGAUUAUAUAAAAUAGGGACCCAAAUUGUUCCAGGCCCUUUCAUUUGUUGGCAUCGCUGACAGUGAAAGCAUAUUUACUCAUGCUGAGUUGAAAAGAAAACUGCACAAUCUUUAGGGCACUUUAUGAUAAAAAAAAAAAAAAAGGGAUCUCACUUUAGUGUCUGUUGCACUGUAGCUGCUAGAGUGUUUAGAGGAAAAAUAAACAACAUUUCUGGGACUUUAUGACAGGCUGCCCAUAUGGAGAUCGAAAUGGUCUUCAAAGGGAAUUUUAAUUAACUUGAAAAUACUAAAAAUUUCCACAUGGGGUAAAUGUAAUUUCAGACUGAACACCUUUCUAAUACGCUCCUCGAAAAAUGAGUAACUCUUCCUCUAAAGGUACUUUGCAGUGCUUUAAACUCGGGAUCAAAUUAUAAAUGUCUGGCUAAGAACUUGCUUAUACAUUUAGAUUACAGUCUCAAGUUUUUGCUUUAAGUACUUGAACCUGUUUGCUAAAAUGACGUUCUAUCAGUAUUUGUACCUAACUGUAGAAGUGCAAUUUCAAUAAUACACUGGAAUAUUGCUAGAAGUACAUUGAGUUAGAUAUGAUUAAUAACCAAUAAUGAAACAGACAUGUACAAUUGUUUUGGAUUUAUCAUUUGAUUUAUAUUUUAGUUCUAAAAUAAUUAUAAAUGGACUAUUCGGCAGGAUCACAUCUAAAUACAAAAGACAGGAAAUAUAAGUGUAUGUACAUAUAUAAAAAUAAA